AUGAACACCGAAAGCUUCCCCGUCUCCGAGGGGAACCAGAUCUCAAGGCUGGCAAAUCUCCCAACCGAGCUGCUCGAUCAGACAGUGUUAGAACUACCGGUUGAGCAUAUGGUCAUGGCAAUGUCUGUGUCUCGCCGCUUCAAGACCAUAAUCUCAAACAAUUUGAAUCUCAUGCUUGACCGUGCCAUGCAGGCUAUCGAGGAGGACCGCUUAAAGGUCAUGCUUACAUUUGCACCGCCUGCUUUUGCUCAAGGAUUUGUCCUUUGCAGAAAUAUGACUACCAAUAAGAUGGAUGGAUAUGUCACUGCAUACUCCUCUUUCUCCCAGCAGGGGGUUUUUGGGCCCAACCAAGGCCCUCCGAGAGAGACAUCUAUGUGCAAAAACUUCCUCCAGGUGGUCGAUAUUGAUGACGACGAGGCAUUCACUCAGGUUAAAGUCUCCAUUCAGAUAGCCUGGAUGCCUAGCUUGUCCUGGUUCACAAACCGAACGUUGCUUCUUGACAGCACCAUUCGCCUUUCACACGACUGGCUUGAUCAAGGAACUGGCGAGCUUCUCUGGCUGGAUGAUGCAAAGUCGUUUGGCUUGCACCUGCAGUCUCAUCCUAAACAAGUGCCUAAUCCUGCUGAAGGGACUUCCUAUUACGAUCUCGAGGUGGAUGGACUGCAUAUACAAGCCAACAGAUUCCUUGCCGCCGUGAAAGAUGCGGAGCGUAAAGAGGAAGAGGAAACGCAUCUUACCUUGACUCAGAACUCCAGAUUCAGCUUGAUCUGGUAA